AUGUGGAGUUUAACAUGUGUGACUUUGGCACUGCUCAUAUUGGAGCCAGCCAUGGCAGAGACAAUUGAAGUGGCAGCUCUAGGAAGAUCACUGUAUCCUGGUAUGCUGUAUGACUGCCGCAAAGAUUCCUUCAUUCCAGGUGUUACUCUUUGGAGUAUGAAAUCAUUAAGUGAAAAUUUGGACAGUCGUCCACAGACCAAGACAGAUUUGAAGUUCAGUAGCUCCGACUCUCUCUCUAGUAAGGCGAGUCUCCUGGAUGUAAGUGCUUCCUUGAAGGCAAGCUUCUUGGGAGGGCUUGUGGAGGUGGAAGGAUCUGCCAAGUACCUACGUGACACCAAAUCCUCUAACCAACAGUCCAGAGUCACGAUGUAUUACAGUGAAACCACAAGAUUUGAACAACUCACUAUGAGCCAUCUGGGCGAGAUCACCUACCCUCAGGUGUUUAACCAGAAAACUGCAACUCAUGUGGUCAUGGCUGUACUGUACGGAGUUCAGGCCUUCAUGGUGUUUGAUCGGACAUUUUCAGAAGAAGAAAACAAGCAGAUGAUUGAGGGAGAUCUGAAUGUCAUGGUCAAGAAGAUUCCUAAAUUUUCUCUAGAGGGAAAAGGAGCUAUAAAUAUGACAGAUGAUGAUAAGAAGGUGGCUGAGAAGAUCAAGUGCACAUUUUAUGGUGACGUCCGCAUUGAGCAGAACCCCACCACUUUCACAGAGGCCCUAGAGGUGUACAAGAAGCUCCCCACUAUACUGAAGGAGAAUCCAGGUAAGGUGGUUCCAGUCAAAGUCUGGCUUUAUCCUCUUCAUCUUUUGAAUGAUAAAGCAGCUCAGCUGAAGACAGAAAUCAGUGCAAGUGCAGUUUCCAUUGAAGUUAUAAUGGAGGGGCUGGAGGAGGUAGAGACGACAUACAAUGACUUCCCAAAAACGCUGGUCAGUAUUUUCAGUAACGUCACACACAGGCUGCGCUUAUUUAAAAACUCAUUGAGGAAUUACAAGGAAAAGCUCCUGAAAAAAAUUGGCAGUGUCUUACCUACUAUUCGAGAAGGACAGGAGGAGGAGAAAUUAAUAGAAGACAUCCUGAAAAUCCACAACAGCUCCCCUUUUAAUGCUGACAUGCUUAAGCAGUGGUUAAAUGAUGCGAAGUCUGAACUUGACCUCUUGAAUUCUAACAAAGAUAUGUUGAAUGGGAUUAAAAUGGAAAAUGCAGACAAUCUCAACACCAUCCACCUCAAUCCUAAUAUUGAAUUUGUGGUGUGCUUGACCUUUACGUCUCUGAGUUAUGAAGACCCAUAUCUUUCAACCCUGACAGAGUUUGUUAAAUCUGACAUGUUUAAAGGGCUAUAUGAGAAACAAAACAUUUCUCUAGCAUCUGCCAGAAAAUGGUUCAGAGAUCCUGAUGUCAUAAUAAAAAUGAGAGAAAACUUACGUCUUUUUAAAAGUUUCUCAGAGGCUAAUAAAGAUGAAAAGAGAAUCCACUUCAUUAUUUCGGCCAUAUCCAAUCCCUCCAGUCCAGGGUCAUCCAUCUAUCUGUAUGAGAAAGGGAAGCUGACAGACACACAGUUCCAGCCCGUGUCCAAACCACCCCCACCGAUAGUAAAGGACACUUCGAACCGAAUAAUGUCCCUGAAACUGCAGAAAUCUCCAACUGGAAAAACAGUGCAGUACAGAGUGGAGUACAAGGUGGUAAAAUCAGAUUCUGGCCCUGAGGAACAGUGGGACAACCAAAACACAGAAGAUGAAGAUUUUACUCAGACUGGAUUGGAGUCUGGAAAGAAUUACUUGAUCUGCUACAGGAUAGUGGGUAAAGUGGGAGUGAGUGAAGCCAGUGAAACUAUCAGCCAUAUACCAUCUUCAGAACUACCUCUGAUUAGGGUUGGAAGAAUGAAUUCAACAACUUUUAUGAUCCCUUUCACCAGCAUCAUUAGGAAGAUUGUAAUUUAUUACCAGCAGCAGAUCUCUCCAUGGUCCAUGAGGUUUAAAGCAAUCAAGGUGGUUUCCAACACUGGCUACAAAUUUAUAGAUGGUGACUGUCACGGAGUGAAUUACAAAGAAUUUCUAUUUGAUGACAAAGAUAAAAUUGUUGAGGUAAAACUGUGGCCAAGUCAGGAUGAAAGCAGACUCAGUGGUUUAGAAUUUGAGGUUUUAAAAAGCAACGGUGCAAGAACAUCAUUAUCACUGAAGAAUGAAAAAGAUCUGGGAAAUCCUGUGAGUGUUAAUGUGAUGUCUAGAAAGUGUUAUGGCAUUGCAGUGAGAAUCAAAUUUGAAAUUGAUUUUCUGGGCUUCUACUUCAUUUAG